CAUGCAUGUCUGCAAGGCGGAGCCGGGAUUGGCUGGCAAGCGGUUGCUGAUCCAGGUGGCAUAUACUGACAGCUCUGGGUCACAUGAUGACUAUCAGGGCUUGCUUUUCCACUCAUCUGGCUGAGCUUGUCAGCAAGGGUUGAACACAGGCAUCCUGCAGCUUCCAAGAAUGUAGAAAAUGAGAGGAGGGGAAGGUGGGAGGUCGCCCGGAGAGGAGGCUGCAUUGUUGUCUUUCUCCCUUCAGUCCAUCUGGAUUUCUGGCAGACGUGGAUCAUGGAGGUUCGGGGCUGCAGCCACCGCUGCUGGGCAACCUGGUCAUGAGGCUCAACCCAGAUCGGUUUUGCUAAAGGAGAAGGAUAGAGGAAACUGGCACAGUGGCUGCCAAGGGGGCACUUAGCUCACUGUUGAAUUAGAUUGAUCUUCUGUCCUCUGCAGUAACACACUGGAGGAGACAAAGGAACUGGGGAAGCAGGGUUUGCUUCAGUAACAAUUCUGGACCGAACAACAGAAUGGAAAGGCAGGCUCUCUGUUACGAAACUGUAGGGCAGCAUCUAUGCACGGACUCUGGUCUCGAAGCUUGGAUUCUGCUUCAGGGAUCUGCUUCUUUUCUUUGAGGGAUUUUGGUGGGGGGGUGUCAGUGACAGGAAUAAUCCUGCUUCUAAGAUCAAGCUCCUCUCUGCAUCCUUGUUUUCCUUUUUUCCUUUUUUGUGCUUCAGCAUGGAACGUCUUUUGUUUCAGUUAAAUUCAGACCUCUCGAUCUGUCACCUGACAGUCUUGUGGUUCUGGAUGAAUGUGGUUCAUUUCUAUUAUUAACCUGGGUUGGCAGCUGGUCUUCCUAACAGGAGUUUGUAGAGAUUCUGAAAAGUGGAGCUCGCUUAAGGGACAAAAAUGCUUCCCAGGAACAGUCUGGCUCAGUGAAGUGUCUGGCCUUGAGAUAAUCUCCUCCGCCUACUUCAUCUCAGAGUCUCAACAGGACCCACCCUCCCCAGUCGCACUUUGGCCAUUGCCGGAAUUCGAUCCAAGUCAGAUCCGACUAAUUGUGUACCAGGACUGCGAAAGAAGAGGCCGAAAUGUUUUAUUUGACUCCAGCGCUAAAAGAAGAACUGAAGAUGCAUCUGUCUCGGGCUCUCGGUGUUCCUCAGAUGCAAAUAUGCUUGGAGAGAUGAUGUUUGGCUCUGUAGCCAUGAGUUACAAGGGCUCAACCUUAAAAAUCCAUCAAAUCCGAUCCCCUCCACAGCUUAUGCUAAGCAAAGUGUUCACAGCUCGAACUGGAAGCAGUAUCUAUGGAAGCUUAAACACGCUUCAAGACAGUCUUGAGUUCAUUAAUCAAGACAGCAACACUCUAAAGCCAGAUCAUGGUACAAUUAUGAAUGGACUUUUUACAAACAUAGGUUUUUCACAGCUUUGCAGCCCUAGGCGGGCAUUCUCUGAACAAGGUCCGCUCCGCCUGAUCCGGAGCGCCUCUUUCUUUGCAGUUCACAGCAACCCAAUGGACAUGCCUGGGCGGGAGCUGAAUGAAGACAGAGACAGCGGAAUCGCACGAUCUGCAUCUCUUAGCAGCCUGCUUAUCACCCCAUUUCCUUCUCCGGGCUCCUCAUUGAACAGAAGCUGUGCUAGUAGUUACCAACGGCGUUGGCGUCGCAGUCAGACAACAAGCUUGGAGAAUGGGGUCUUCCCUAGGUGGUCGGUGGAAGAAAGCUUUAACUUGUCGGAUGACAGCUCCAGCCCAAGCCCAGGAAUUGUCAGGAAAAAGAAAAUAGCAAUUGGAGUGAUAUUCUCACUUUCAAAAGAUGAAGAAGAAAAUAGCAAAUUUAAUGAGUUCUUUUUCUCACACUUCCCUCUUUUUGAGAGCCAUAUGAACAAACUGAAGAGUGCUAUAGAGCAGGCUAUGAAAAUGAGCCGUCGAUCCACUGAUGCCAGCCAGCGGAAUUUGGCAUAUAACAGGAUUGUGGAUGCCUUAAAUGAAUUCAGAACAACCAUUUGUAAUCUCUACACUAUGCCACGGAUUGCAGAACCUGUUUGGCUUACCAUGAUGUCUGGAAUGCCUGAGAAAAACCAGCUCUGUCAUCGCUUUAUGAAGGAGUUUACUUUCUUAAUGGAACAAGCCUCCAAGAACCAAUUCCUCCCAGCUCUUCUGACUGCAAUUUUGACAAACCAUCUGGCCUGGGUUCCAACAGUCAUGCCGAAUGGCCAGCCACCCAUCAGGAUCUUUCUAGAAAAGCAUUCCUCACAGAGUGUGGACAUGCUGGCCAAGUCUCAUCCAUACAAUCCAUUAUGGGCACAGCUAGGAGACCUGUAUGGAGCUAUUGGGUCACCUGUGAGACUAUCAAAAACGAUUGUGGUUGGCAAAAGGCAGGAUCUGGUGCAGCGUUUGCUGUAUUUCCUCACUUACUUCAUACGAUGUUCUGAGCUUCAAGAGACGCAUCUCCUGGAAAAUGGAGAGGAUGAAGCCAUUGUGAUGCCUGGCACAGUGAUCACCACCACCCUAGAGAAAGGGGAGGUCGAGGAGUCUGAAUAUGUGUUGGUCACAAUGCAUAGGAACAGAGCCAGUUUACCCCUUCAGGAGUCUGAAGAAGUCCGGCCUUCGGACUGCAGCUGCAAAUACUGCAAGUGCCCUCUCAAAACUGGUCAAAAUCCAGAAGGUGUUUCAGGACAGGAGAGAGAAGACUCACAGGGUGCCAUAAAGACAGAGAUGGAGGCUUCUGUGAGGGGAAGCAGAUCUGCAUCUGCUGACCACCAAGAAAGGCCUGAUGAUCUGAAGCAGUGCAAAGAGAUGCUGAGCUCUUGCCUGGAUGUAAAGUUAGAGAGAGUGGCUUUUGCAGGAUCAGCCUCGGUGGAAACGUGUGCCUUGGCGGACUCCAGAUUGGAACCAACAGGUGGAUCAUGGAAGAGUGAGGCAUCACUGGAUGCUGAUGAUCAGUCUGUGGAAGUCAUGAAAUCAACAAGUACUGUGGUAGAAAAGAAGCCGCCUGAUAAAAUCUCAUCUGAGGCAAUUCCUUGCAGCACAGCUGAGGCCCAGACAAAGGUGACUUUCCUCAUAGGGGAUUCCAUGUCACCCGAUUCAGAUAUUGAGGUCCGAAGUCAAGCAGUAGCUGAACAAAUGGCCAGGCACACCAACGAAAUGAAGGCUGAAGAAAGAGUAACUGCCGAUCAGAACUGUGAAGCUAGGCAACUCCUGGAGGACCAACAAAGAAAUCUGAAUAUGCCUGAACAGUUCCCACAGGUGGCCAUCGAGCUGCAGAAUUGGAAUCCUUACAAUACAGAAAGUACAAGUCUUCUUGGUGAAUAUUUUACUGAGGAAGGUUCAAUUAAAAGUAGGACUAUUGAUGAUAUUCCAGUGAAAGCAACAACAGACAUUUUAGAUCCUAGCAGUAGCCUAGAAUUUCCCUCCAAACCGUGCACAAAAAACAACAAAUCCUCCAGCGAAUUUUGUAAGUUUAUGGAAUCUGUUCGUCAAGAAACUUGCAAAAACUGUUUUGCAGAGCAGGACCAAAGAGACAAGAUCUCUAUGUUUGUCCCCCAUGGGGACAGAGAGAAUGCAGAUAAAAAGGCUGACCCAGGUGUGGAUUGGGACAUUCCAAGAAACGAAAGUUCUGAUAGUGCCCUUGGUGACAGCGAAAGUGAAGAUGCAGCUCACGACGUGGCCAGAACAAACAAUAACUAUUAUGGGGCAGAGCAAGAAGAAUGGGCAGAAGAAGAAGACAUACCUUUUCCUGGGUCAAAAUUAAUUGAAGUGAACUCUGUCCAGCCCAGUAUUGCCAAUUUUGGAAGGUCCUUGCUAGGUGGCUACUGUUCAUCUUACGUACCUGACUUUGUUUUGCAAGGAGUAGGAAAUGAUGAGAAACUGAGACACUGUUUGAUGUCAGAUUUGUCGCAUGCUGUGCAGCACCCUGUUCUCGAUGAACCAAUUGCAGAAGCUGUCUGCAUUAUCGCAGACACGGAUAAGUGGACAGUGCAAGUAGCCAGUAGUCAGAGGCGAAUCAUCGACAAUAAACUGGGGAAAGAUGUACUAGUCUCCAACCUGGUCUCCAACCUGCUCCAUUCCACUCUUCAACUUUAUAAGCAUAAUUUAUCUCCAAAUUUUUGUGUCAUGCAUCUGGAGGACCGGUUGCAGGAGCUUUAUUUCAAGAGCAAAAUGUUGUCGGAGUAUCUGAAAGGCCAGAUGAGAGUUCACGUGAAGGAGCUGGGAGUGGUACUCGGGAUUGAAUCGAGCGACCUCCCUUUGCUGGCAGCUGUAGCAAGCACCCACUCUCCGUAUGUUGCCCAGAUUCUGCUCUAGAAUACCAAAGGGUAAAGACAAUAACGUCCUUUUUUAUGCAUACAAGGGAAUACCAGGAAGCAGAGAUGAACCACUCUUGUCCGGGCUCUUUCUUGCCUGCGGGCAAAUGAAGCGAACAGCUUGGUGACUUGUGCCCCUGCAGCUGAACACAUAAGGCACAAACAAGUGGGGCCGUUGCCCGCUUCCUUCAUUUCCCAUUCAUUUAAAAAGAAAAUCAGACCAGAGACUUAGGUCACUAAAGAAGACACUAGAGCUUGGAGGACCGUAAAUGGCUUGGACAGUUACUGCCAAAACGGAUAAAACUACAAACUGUUAAAAUUAUGGACUACCAGGAAAAAGAUCUGUUUCAUCACCCUAUCCAGUGCUGUUACUGUUUAUACGAGAGAAUGGAACUAGCUGGCUACUUGGUACCAAUUAGGAGAGCAUUUAAAACACUUGAUUAUAAUCUGUAUAACCUGUAACAAUUUUGACCAUUUCAGCGUUAAAGGUUAAGUGUUGACUAUCUCUUUUUUUUCUGUAUAGGGGUGGGGAAGCCAUUGAAAGUCAGGCAGGGUGUUGGGACAGUGACCCAUGCUCUGCUCUGAAAGGAAUUUUAGGCACUUUCCAUGGAGAGAAAGCCUGAGUAUAUAAGCCAAAAGACAUGUAUAAUUUCUCCCUCAGUUAUGUUACUGAUGCUGUGCUUUUUGAUGCUGUUGUCUAAGAACACUAGAAAACAAACAGUACCCAGACUAGAAAAGGCAAUUUCUCUGCAAUUUUCUUCACAGAAUCUCAUGGCACCUUGAAGACUAACAAUUUUUUUCUGGCAGAUGCUUUUGCAGAUGCUGCGGUAAAACACAUGUGGUAAAGCCUCCCUACUGCUUAUUUUUCCAAAAUGCGGGAAAAAAUUAAGGCUUUCUUCGUCUUGAUUCGAGUCCUGUUAUAAAGAAAAGAUACAUGCCCAUAAACUCCUUUAAAAUCCAAGGAAUUUACGCACUUCACUACACGCUGAAACCCCCUCGAUCUCAGUAGGAUAUAAGUUUGUGCCCAUUUUCAGAUUUCAGAUGCUUUAGUAUGAAGUAAAGAGAAUUCAUACCAUGGGAAAUAUGAUUGGAUGAGGCGUGAGAGUACUUAAAAAAAUGUUGUGCAUAAAUACUCAGGUAUAUUACAGAAGCUGUUUUGAAGUUGGGGCUGGUUUUGCUCCGUGGUUUAAUAAUUAUGUCGACAACAUUUUAGACAAAGUACCCAAUGACACCAGCUUUUCUGACCUAUUUAUUUAACAGCAGGCUUACAGUGCAGUUCUGUACAGGUUACUUGGAAGUGAGUUCAGUGAGACAUACUGCCAGGUAGGUUUUCACAGGACUGCAGCCCUAAGUGAGAAGAACCGCAAACUGUAGCUAUUAAUGUGCCGUCCGUCUACUCAUCCUUUACCUCUGCACUGUUCUCGCCUUUAUUCUUCAAUACAGAUGUCUAUUCAGGGACCCAUCCGUUCUAAGAAAUACAUAUGGUAGGUGGCUAGAUGAUUCUCAGAUUAGGCUUUUCUACCUCAGGUUCAAUAAUGGGAUGCUGUAUUAAAAGUUUUUCUCAUUUACCCUAGUAUCUAGCCAGGCAUCAGUCAUAAUGCUUGUGACUAAUUGCAUUAAUGGUUAGUGUUUAGAUUUCAUGUGUCAUCUGACAACAUAAAUCAAAGGUAUAUAGUCCCAACUUCAUUAAAAUAACACCAUUAUGCUGGAUAUUUCUCAGGACUUAUACAGCCAUUUCAUAAUUUUAUGUUAUGCUUGAGAGAAACAGAGGUGACAGUGCACUUGAAACGUGUUAGGUUUUUUUCCCUUCCGAUGGCUAGGGCUAGGUAAUUUAUUUCCUUCUGGUUUUGCCAGCAUUUCUUUCUUCCCUGCCCGGUACUCACAUUGUCAUUGGAGUUUAAGAGAUGCAAAUUCCCUUGUUAGCAGCAUCAGUGGUUUGGCACUCUUGUGUGCCACUGUCACCUCCUGUGGUUGUUGUAUUAGUUGUGACAGAGGACCCACCCCCCCCGCAUGCAUUUUGGGCCUUUAACUAUUCAUUUUAAAUUUUUAGCAUUUUCGUGGAUAAUCACAUCCAUUAUAUUGCGUAUGUCCUUAUGCAGCUUGUCGAAAUACUAACUGGAGAACCCAAACCCAACAUUCAUCUUCUGCAGCAGCAGUACCCUAUCAUUUCUCACCACCAUAAACCCCUUUUCCUUUGAAUGAUGUGCGUCCCCCUGCUUACCCUUUGUGGUAAUGGAGUGACCAUAUGGGUUCCAAACGGGUUUGCUUAAAAACCUGGGCAGACCUUUCCACAAACAGCAAGGCCGCCUCGCCAAUCCAAUUCUGCCAACAAGAUGUCUUUUCCCUGCACCCCUUCCUCUGCCACAUCGGGCCACAGUCAAGCUAUCAUGGCAGGACUGAGGCUAGGAAUAUGGCGGCUAUGUUAGGGCAACAACCUCCCCUGCCCUGAAUUAUUUUGUCAAGACGUCUGCAAGCCCCAAGCUCAUCAGGAAUUAGCAGGCCGCCUAAUGUGGCUUUCACGGUUGCACAUGCUGCUCUGAGGCUUUGUUCAAUGAGAAUCGUGUCAGUAAAGGCCUUUCCAGAUCAGGCCCUUUCCUCGACUAGCGUAUGUGAAAACACUGGUUUUGGAGCGCUGUGGUUGAUUCCACUGCAGAGAGCUGUGCCAGCAAAAUGAUCACAAAGCCUGCUUGUUGUGAUGGGAUCGAAUGGAGCUUGGGCUUGCAGCGCGCCAGCCUUGAUCAAGAGCCCCAUGCGCGCAUUGGGUCCCUGCUGCUAAGUGGCGGCUUAGAGCCCUUCAUGCACGCGGGAGCCUCGUUCUGCUUCUGAAGCUGACUGCACAGGCAACCCUGCUGGGCUGAACACAGAAGGUAUUUUAAAACCUUAAACUGAAACUGGAGCCUGUUUUGAUAAAGGGAAAUACAUGAUCAGAUUUUCAUUCAUGUGGAUUGUUCUUGUCCAGUGACCCGUUUACAUUCUUAACUGAGCUAAACUAUGAAUUUGAAUUCUGUGGUCUGGAGGCUGGUAUGUAAACAAAAGCAAACGUGCACUGCUUUAGACAACAGGCUUUUUCUGUGCUCUGGCAGCACCUGCUUCAUACAAUGUUCUGUUGUUUUCUACCUUCUUCCCCAGAAAUGAAUGUAUAAACACAGAGUGGUUCCUAUUUGGACCUCAAACCGGAAUGUACAUUUACUCUUCCUUUCUACCCCACAAUUAGUAUAUCUUACAAAUACCAGUGAUCCCAGACCUUCCUCUAGAGACAGCGGUAGCAAAAGGCUCCAAGCAUUCCCAUCCUGAUCUGACAAAGCUCUUAACCAUUUGUUCAGUGUGCAGAUGAAAGCUGCGGUCCUGAAAAGGAUUGCAUGACCUGCUGACUUCAGUACAGAUUAAGGCCCGGGGUGGUUUUGAGAAGACUUCCUUGUGCCAGCUUCAGUAAGACCACUGCAUUUGCUCAGCUGAAGCCCCUGCAUCAGCUUUUCCCAACCUGCUGCCUUCCAGAUGUGUUGGGCUACAAUGCCCACCAUCCACAGGGGGGCACCAGUUUGGGGAAAGUUUGUUUUGCCCUUAGGAAAUGAAGUCUUCUGCUUGGUUCAUCUGUCAUUCCUUCCUUCGUAAAUUUUAGAUGCUAUUCUGAAUGAAUACUUCACAGGCCAAAUGACACAAGGUGUUAAGUAAAAGAGACCCUCAUCUAGAAGUCUACACUUUUCAAUAAUCGUUAUUCCACUCUGCUUUUGAGAAAGUGGGUUGUUUCAAAUUUUGUACUGAUGUUGCUUGUUCCACGGUGGCUUUUGAAGACAUUGGGGUGACUGGUCUCCAGUUCUUGCUUGUCCCACAUAUGCCUGUCGCAUUUCUGUGCAAUGUGACAGCUGUCUGUGCAGGUGCUGUGCUACAUCAGGUAGCUACUGUUGUCCUGGAAGCAGCCGUUCAGGCUGCUUUCUGGCUGAGCUCGCAGCCCUGCUUGACAGCAGGAGGUGUGGUGAUGUCCCAGCAGGCCAGUCCUUGCGCCCUCAGUCAUACCCGCAGUGGCAAGUUACUUAUAGGAACCACAAUUUGAUGUGACCAUUAUUCAGGUCGUACUAAGCAUUGCCAUUGAUCUAGCAUCUUCAGCAGCAUCAGACAACCAGGCGUGAACUAUCCACUCCCAGCAUCCAGUUCAUUUGGGGUUUGGUAUUGAAAGGUUUUAAUGCUCAUUCUAAUGAUGUUGCUGGAAUGGUUACUGUAGCCUGCUUUCUUGUAACUGAUAGCUUGUUUAUGGUACAUGCAAAAUCAAGGUACUAUGUACACACACCUUUGUUUCGAUUUUGUUUUCUUCUUAAAAGGGAAUUAUAACAGCACUGUAGUGUUGACCUCUUGUCAUGCUUUUCAGAAACAUGUAUAUACAGAACUAAUCUUUUUGAAUUUUGCAAUACUUCCCAUGUCCAUUAAUAUGUCUUAAUUUUAAGGCUGAAAAUAUUUAAGUGUAUUGCACAUACAUCUAAAAAAAUCCACUGCAGCUUGAAAAUGUAGGGCUGCUAAAAACAACACACACAAAAGAGGAUGAAUCCAAACUAGGAUUUCAAAUCUUGUCUUUAAAAUCUCUAUUAGUUAAGGUAGCUGUUUCAAGAAGGUUUUCUCUGUUUUGUUUUCAGUCUCCUCUAAAUUAUGUAGAUGGUGGUAUGUGUAAUAUGCUGGGCAAAAUGUACAUACUUGUUAUCUUUUGUGUUUUUGUAUAUAUAUAUUAUAUAUAUAUAAAUAUAUUUCCCAAGAUGUGCACUUGUAUUAUAAUAACCAUUCCCAAUUUUAGGGGAACUUUGUGCAAUAAAUGCAUCAUCCAUGUAA